AUGGCCAAGGUAGAUCCCUCGGCGAUGCGCGACGUAAAGCCUAAGUACGACGUCGAGUAUAAUGGCACCGUCACGCUAUACACCAAAAAGGACGCCUCGAACGCAACGCCUAUCUCGCUAACCGAGGGACCUAUGUGGGACGUAUUCGCCGGCACUAUCCGUUAUAGUUUUGCCGCCAAAGGCAAGACCGUUGUGCCAACCGGCGCGACCAUGACGGGCAACACAGACACCCGCCAUUACCUGAAGCUUACCCGUAACAUCUACCGCUGGACGCCUGUGCGCCUCGGCCAAUUCGAGGGUUUGCACACGGUGGACGAGCGUAUCGAGAUGAAGGGUCACAUGGAGAUGCUCAAGUUCUAUUAUAAUCUCAUCCGCAACUUCCAGGGACCGUUUGAGGGCGAGCGCGUUGCUGCACCCUCGGAGCUCUAAUUGCUCUACUCAGUGUGCUUCUGAAUGCCGGCUGCGACGAAGAGUGUGAGAUCGGUACAGGAAUGGGACAUUGAGGGGUGAUGAUCGUUCGCCGUUUUGCCGCACUGCCGACGCGGCGAGAGCAUUCUGAUCCCCAUGGUCAAAGCCCGCUCAGAUAAACACGUGCCGGAUGUUUACUUUCAAGUCAGGACGAUUCAUUGUACUUGUCCAUGGGGUCAGCGGCGAAAUGAAUAGAUCAUGCGAAAUGCGGCGGAGGGUAUCAACAUAUUAUCGCCAAGGCGAAGCAGAACGUGCAGGUGUGAAGGCGCUGCUCAUCAUCUCCAGCUCUUAAUCAACCAUAUCUCCGACUCGAUAUCUCGUCAUUUCUCUCAUCCAGAGGCCGGAGGCUGACCCUAUUGUCCC